AUGUCUACAAUCACAAAGCUUUCCCACCACAAGUGCAGUAUCUGCCACAAACGCUACACAAACAAGAAACUUGUAGCCAAGUGUGAAGUUCAGUGCCUGGAAAAAGUUUAUAAAGAGAUGAAUAACACCCAAAGUUUGCAAGUUGCUUCUGUUUCUGAGCAGAGUAAUCUUAUCUUGAAUUUCGCAUCUAGCUCAACCUUGGAAGAAAGCACCAACAUGAGCAUUGACGAGGAUAUUACUCCUUCCAUUAUCAACAAAAUUGAUGAGCUCAUGUAUGAUAUUGAACAUGAGGAUUCUAUGGAAAAUGAUUCAGCAAUCAUGGAUGUUACUGAAAAUGCCAUUGAUGAUACUCCUCCUCAGUUGGUCUAUGACUUUAGUGCUCCUGUUCCUGUUUCUGGCUAUGACGAUGCAAAGAAUCUCAAGCUUAUGAAGAUCAUAAAGGAGUUUGACAUUUCCCAGAAGGCCCACAUUAGUCUGGCAAAACACUUCAAUGAAAUUCUCAGCAGAUCAAGUGAGAUAUCAUAUAGAGCUUGCACUCCCUACCUUGGUACCAAGCUUCUUUCUCAAUUUCUUGGUGUCGAUGAGGAGACAUACCACGUUUGUCACAAUGGGUGUAUGCUGUACAACAACGAUCAGCAAAUGGAGUGCCUGCAUUGUGACGAAGUCCGUUACAAGACCGGCGAGAGAAGCCAAGACACUGGUGAGAAUCCAAUUCCUGCCAGCACAAUGAUACAGCUUCCUCUGGGUAGACAGCUUGCAGUUGCUUUGGCCAACGACUGCACCAGAAAAGAGAUGUUUAAGGAUGGCUGCCACAUCUGCCAUGUUGUGGGUCAAUCUCCUGGCCAUGGCCAAUAUUUCCGAAUGACAUCUGCCAUCACCAUGUGCACACUGGAAAGUUUCAAGCACUUUGAUAAGGUGGCCUCAUCCAGCAAAAAAGGGUUAACUGGCCAAUCUCCCUUCUCCUUACUGGAUUCCUUCUCUGGUCCAUUCUUCUUUGCAUUGGAUGAAAUGCACAGCAUUUGUCAUGGCAUUGGCAAACAGGUCUGGGGGCUCAUGUGUGGCAAGUAUGGAAAAGAUCAUCCUCUCUCUCUCUCCCUUGCUGCUCAGAAAGAAAUUGGUACUGCCAUGGUGUUAACCAGAAGAAGUAUUCCAACAUCUUUCCACAGUGCAUGGAUCAACAUCGCAACAAGAUCAGGGUACUUCCGGGCUGUGGACUGGGCUGACUUCAGCUUGUUUGUUAUCCCCACGCUUGUGGCAGAGCGUGUCCAUGACCAAGCUGCCUGUAAGGCAUUGCUUGACCUGGUGCAGACAUGCAACCUAAUCAUGAGCUGGGAGUUAUCAGCAGAGAAGAAAACCUUGAUCAAAACAAAUCUCGUCGCAUGGAAUGCGUAUCUGGAAGCCUUGCUAGCUCAAGGUUUUUACAAUCAAUCAGCACCUCCUGCAGCACUAUCCCACAAUGAUAGAAGCAUAUGGUUCCCCAGAGCGUAUACAACAGUAACAUCAACAACUCUCCUUCAGUAUGACAAUCCCUCUGCUGGUUGGCCAAUUGACCGAGAAGGUAGUAAUGUUGGUACUGAUUCUGACAUUGAGUUCUGGGGGCCUUUGAGGAACAGAACGAUUGUUAAUAGUUUUGGAGGCAUUUCUUGUCUUCCAGAGCUUCUUCAAAAGUUCUAUGAAUCAAAGGGGGAAGAGUGUAAUAUGAUUGAAGCAGCCAUUAAAACAAGCCGUAAGGCAUUUGUAAAUGGUUGUGUUAUUGACUCUGCACUCGACCAUAAUUGUGUAAGAGAGACACAUAACGUCAGACUUCAGGUUCAGGUUGAUGAGAACCGCAACAUUGGGGCAAAGCUACUCUCCAGUCUACAAGGAUUUCUUUGGGAAGGUUGUCGUUUCCUUUGA